UUGUAGUUACUCUGUUCUACUACAUCUUGAUUUAAGUGACUGCAAUCUGCUGGAGUUAUCAGAUGGCAUUGCUCAUUUGUCUUCGUUGAAAACAUUAAAGCUGUGCAGAAACCAUUUGGAGAAUUUACCUGCAACAAUGAAUCGCCUUGAACAUUUAACACGUCUCGAAUUGGAAGCUUGCAAGAGGCUGAAAUCAAUCCCAGAGCUUUCAUCGAGUAUAAAGUAUAUCGAUGCGCAUGAUUGUACAGCUUUGGAAUCAGUUUUGAUGCUAAAGCCUCAGUAUGAUACGGAUCAUUUCUUUACAUUUUCUAAUUGCUUCCGGCUGGUACAAACAAACCUAUUUAUAGAUAUUGUUGAAAGGCAUUCGCAUUUUCAGGAUGAUUACAAACGACCUCUUCGAUUGAACAUGUCUUUCCCUGGAAGUUCAGUUCCUGAUUGGUUCAACCAUCAGAGUGAGGGAUCUUCAGUAACCGUGCAUCUACCACCAAAUUGGUUGGACCAUAAGGUUUGUGGUAUAGCUAUCUGCGCUGUUCGGAAACAGCAUCCUCAUUUGUCUCCUUUGUUUGUUGCAUGUUUUUGUACCUUCAAAGGAAAUCGGGGUGAGGAUAGUUUCAGAAUUGAUUUUCUCAUUCCAGAGGCCGGGUUCCUUAGGUCAGAACCGUCAGCUCACAUGUUUUUGCGAUAUGUGCCAUGGUGCUUUGUUGAAGGAAAGCUGCAGGCAGAUGUAACCUACACUGAGGCCACAUUUCAGAUGGCAGUAAAUAGUGAACAACUCUGCAUCACAAGCUGCGGGGUUCGUAUCGUAUAUGCUAAUCCAGAUGAAAUGCUGAAUCUAAACAUGCCGCAGCCCCAAGUUCAUGUGGACAGUUGUUUUAAGGACUCAAUUGAAUCGAGAAACAAAGAAACAGAGAGGGUGGAAAGUCCCAGGGAGAUAGAUUCAUCAGAGUUGUCAAGGACACUGGAGCAGUUACCAGAGCCACGGACAAAGAAAAGAAGAGGAUGAAAUAAUGGUGGUGGCGGAGGCGCAGGGGGAGGGUUGCCAAGUGUUAGGGUCGGUAUGCUGCUGCUUGUCAUUGUCUGGAUGCACUAUGUGUUUGAGAAACAGAAACAGAAAGAGAAGGAGACAGAGUAACGAGUGAGAGGCAAAGAAGAGAAAGAUUUGAUCGGGAAGGAGUCGUUGGCUUGAGGAUGGUUAGGUGAAGCAUGGCGUUGAAAGAGAUAUGUAACAGAAGCAGAGAACUUUGGCUUUCCUGAAAUAUAAACUCGAGGAAGGCUCUUGACCCUUUUGGUUUACGACAAUCAGCCCCAAGAUAACCUUGAUUUCCUCUGCACACAAAAGCUAACGCCAAUGCAGCUCAAGGUGUUCUGUAAUAAGACUUGCCGUCACACUCACUCACACUCUAGCCAUUGCAGGGAACCUCAACUAUAUGUGCCGGCGAUUUCUGUUGUGUUUGUGGAGAACACUAUUGUAUCUAAUGUUGGCCCUGCAGUUUCGAGCUACCAUGUUAUAGUUUCGCCAUUCGAGGGUGCUUAUGUGAAAGUUGAGCUGCGGAUUCUGAAGUUCACCAAAGCUAAUCAGAAGCUGUCUUACAAGGUGACCUUUACUACAAAGACUAG